AUUUUUUAUAACCUUGUUUUUUAUUUUUUGUAAACAUACUUAAUAAUAACAAUACCUAUGUAAAAUAUAAUACUUGUUUAAUUUAGUGAUUAUUUUUAUAUUGAAAUUGGAUCAAAAAAAAAAAUAAAUAAAUAAUGACCUCGUUGAUGAAUGAAUCUGAUACACUUUGUGUUCUUCAUUUGCCUCCAAAUUUGACUGAUGAAAAAAGAGAUGAAUUAUUUAAAAAAUAUGGAGCAACUGAGACGAAAACAUUUAGAAAAUCAAAUAAAUAUACAAGGACACUUGUUAAAUUUGCAUCAAAUGAAAUAGCAACAAAAGCUUUUUUACAAUUACAUCAACUUGUUGUUAAAGGACAUUAUUUAAAAAUUGAUUUUGCCAAAAAAACAAUUGACAAUGAAUCUAAAGACUUUGACAAUGUCAAUAUUAAUGAUGAAAUGACUAAUGAUAAGAAAAAAAAGGAUACUGUUAAUACAGAACAUUUUCAAGCUUUUAUUAAAAAAUUAAAUAGUUGGACAACCAAUUAUACAUUUGCUCAACCACCACCACCAAAUAUUUCAUACAAAUAUCCAUCACCAACAAGAAACACCCUUUUGAGAAUAGCUAUUCAACUCAUCAAAGAACCAGCAUUUUAUACUCAGGUUUUACAUUUGAUGAAUAGAAUGAAUCUUCCACCACCAUUUGAAGAACUUGAUGAUGAGUUUCCAACUCUCAGACAAGUUUAUGAUGUAGAAAAAUAUCAAAAUAUAUUUGGUCAAAUUGUUAAUGAGCAUCAACACUCUACAGAAUUAAUAAACAAUUUUGGUGAUGUUGUUGAACAACAAGGAGAAGAAGAAGAUGAUGAAGAAGAAUCAGAAAUUGAAACUGAUGAAGAUGAAAAAAUUCAAAAAAUAGAUAUUAUUCCAAAAAAACGUAAAAUAUCACAAUCAAAAAAACGUUUAAAAUUAUCAAAUAUAGUUAAUUCAUCAAAAAAAUUAAAAACAACAUCAACAUCUGUACAAAAACCAAUGAGACCAGAGGAAAUAUUUGAACCAGUAUGUCGCGAAGAGCCAAAAAAUUUAAAAAUUGAAUUAAAAUCAAUUGAUGAACAAAAUAUAUUAAAUUCAAAUAAAAUCAUUGCACCAGAAGAUGGUGGUGGUUUUGGCUUGAUGUAUCCAAUAAUUGAUAAGCAUGAUAAAUCACAAGAAGAGCCAACAGAUUCAUCAGAAAAAUCACAAGAAUAUAUUUCUUCAAAAGAACUAGCUGCAAAACGUUUAUCACCAAAUGAACAAAAACAAUUCAAAGUAUUUGAAAAUUAUCAUCCAGGAGUGCCAUCUUGUCGUUUGUACAUAAAAAAUUUAGACAAAAAAGUACAAAUUGAUGAUUUACAUUAUAUUUACAAAAGAUAUGUCAAAUCAGACUUGGAAAAUUCGCAAUCACAAUAUGAUGUACGACUGAUGCAAGAGGGUCGAAUGAAAGGACAGGCAUUUAUAACUUUUCAAAAUGUAGAACAAGCACAACUUGCCCUCAAUGAGACCAAUGGAUAUGAGCUCUUUGGCAAACCUGUUGUUGUUCAAUUUUCUAAUAAGCCAACUAAAAGUUGACACUAAUAAAAGCUAAUAUUAUUAGUAUAAACAAACAAAUAAAAUAUAACAAAGACUAAUUCCAAUUAAAUCAUUAUCUAAUUAUUAAUUCAUUAAUUAAUUCUAUUGAAUUUAAAUUCUUCCAUGUGUAUCUCUCUGUAAAUAAUAAUAAUAGAAUUUUCCUAGUCCAAUUAUUAGUUAAAUGUUAUUGAAAUUUUUCAUGUUGUAUUUUUCUUUAUUUAUUAUUAUAAAUGGUAAAUAAAAAGAAAAAAGUAUUUUUCAUUGAUUAAUUA